AUGCCAGUGUCUCCUUCUUGCUCAAUAACGAGAAUCUCGCUUUUGCGAGCGAUUGGUGAACUCAAACGAGGGUUAAUCGCAAAGCGAAGCCAGCGCAAAUACAUCAAAAAAGGGCUGGCAGGACAAGUCUUUCGCUCGAUAGAGGUUGCAAGCUACUGUUUGGUGUGGCAUAUCGAGGUUAACUACUCCAAGAAGGAUGAGGAUGAAAACCAGAAAGACGUCAUCUUUCCAAGGCACGACAUCGAUAAUUUGGAAAAAGAUGUAUUCAAAAGCCAGGCAGAACCGAGUCGGCAGUACGAAUUUACCAAUGACGUGAUCAAUUUCUUAGAGGACGACAAGGCCGAUGAAAAGGACAUGUUGCAGUAUCUGCCUUACAUGCUAGAUGAAACCCAAAAAGAAGCCGUCGUUGCGAAAGGCUCGACGGUCCUGGUGGGUCGCUCGGGUACAGGAAGACCCACGGUUUUCGCUAGCAGACUCUUCUCUACGUACUCUCAGUAUGUCAAGCUCGGAACUGUGCCUCCGCCUGCAAUGUUCACGAGCCAUAGCGGUACAUUGGUUGAACAGGUUCGCAUCGAGUAUGAGAAUCGAGUCAGAGCGUGUACCAUUGCAGCCCCGGCGAUCCCACCGUCUGAAUUGUUGGACGAUGUCUUGCCAGAGAUUGAGGGCGAGAAAAAGCUGUUGCAUCAACUGGAGAAAAAAGAUAAGGACGACGCAUUGGACACCUUGCAACUGCUAGGUAGUGAAGUUCAAAGCGCACCUAAGGUGGUAGAGGAAGUAAUCAUUGACCAGGAAUCACUGGUUGAUUUUGAGCGCUUCGAACGCGUAUACUACAAACUAGCAGAAAAUAAUCUGCGAAAAGCGUGUUCACCCGCAUUUGUCUUCGCUGAGAUCAUGACUGUGCUUAAGGGCCGGGCCGGCCUGAUGGGGGAGCCAAAUGCCAAUUGGCUGAUGUCCAAGGACGAGUAUAUCAACAUACAGCAGGAGAAUGAUUCAACUCUCCGGUUCUUCAAAGAUCGACGAAUCAUCCUCUACGCAUUCUUCCAAAAGUAUGAGAAAGAGAGGCUGGCGAAUAAACACAUUGAUGUACCAUCGAUAGUGCAGAAUCUGAUGCAGCGAUCGCGCCAAGCAACACUGCCAACGUUCAAGGGGUUGUAUGUGGAUGAGGUGCAAGAUCUUCUGCCGUGCCAGUGGCAGCUCUUCAAGCGUCUGAAGAAUCAGCACACCGACUUCAUGUGUGGCGGUGAUCAGGCUCAAAGUAUCACAGCUGGAAAUCGGUUCCGAUUUAACCAUUUGAAAGCGUUCAUGUACGACACGAUGGAAACACGCGACGGCAAGAAAAGACCAGAUGCGAUUGCAUUGAAGAAAAACUACCGCACAUUUGAUCCAGUGCUGCAGUUUGCCAAUAAGGUGCUCGAUAUGCUCCGCUAUUUCUUCCCCAAAGAUGUCGAUUCUCUAACUGAGGAGAACGGAAAGCCGAUAGACGACCCCAACGCUAGACCAAGAUUGCUAACAGACAGUAUCAAAACUAGUUUAGAUUAUCCCUUCUACGGUGCAGACCACUUGGGAGCCAAUCAAGUCAUUCUGGUACGCGACGAGAAGGAGAAGGCCGAUCGGAAAGCGAGACUGGCGAGUAACAUGGAUGCCUAG